AUGUUUUUGACAAUGUGGCAGCCAUGCUACAUGAAGGUAGCUGGUGCUAACUUCAGUGACACAAAUGGCAACAAUAAUUCAGCUGUUACCAAUGCCCCUGGGCUUCCUGGUCUGAGGGUAACUGUGUUAUUAACAUCAUCCCUCAUGGUGUUGGGAGCUGGCCUGAGAUGUGUUCCAGUUUCAGACCUAGAAAUUAGGAAGAAGCUGAUCCACGGAGGGCAGCUGCUGAAUGGCUUGGCAGGGCCCACCGUGAUGAACGCGGCCCCGUUCCUCUCCACGACGUGGUUCUCUCCAGACGAACGCGCCACGGCCACGGCCAUCGCCUCGCUGCUCAACUACCUGGGCGCUGCCGGGGCCUUCCUGGUGGGGCCGCUCGUGGUGCCCCCUCCUAACGGAACGGCUCAGCUGCUGGCAUCGCAGAGCAGCGCCGAGCACAUCAAGGACCGCAUUGAGGCUGUGUUGUAUGCAGAAUUUGGAAUGGUCUCCCUGAUAUUUUCUGCAGCGUUGGCCUACUUCCCCUCACGCCCGCCGUUCCCUCCCAGCGUGGCUGCAGCGAGCCAGCGCCUCAGCUACAGGAGAAGCUUUUGCAGGCUCUUAAGCAAUUUCCGAUUCUUGAUGAUUGCUUUAGCCUAUGCUAUACCACUGGGUGUUUUCUCUGGCUGGUCAGGUGUUCUGGAUUUGAUAUUAACGCCAGUACACGUAAGCCAAGUAGAUGCAGGCUGGAUUGGAUUUUGGUCUAUAGUUGGUGGUUGUGUUGUUGGCAUAGCAAUGGCAAGAUUUGCAGAUUUUAUCAGGGGCAUGCUGAAGUUUAUACUGCUGCUGCUUUUAUCUGGAGCAACAUUAGCAUCAACCUGGUUCACUCUCACCUGUCUAUCUAGUGUCACUCAUCUGCCUUUAACCACAGCUACACUGUACACAUCCUGCAUUUUGUUGGGUAUAUUCCUCAAUAGCAGCGUACCAAUAUUCUUUGAGCUCUUUGUGGAGACAGUGUACCCUGUUCCAGAAGGAAUUACCUGUGGAGUUGUCACCUUUUUGAGUAACGUCUUUAUGGGAGUGCUGUUGUUUUUCCUCACAUUUUAUCAUACAGAGUUUUCCUGGUUCAACUGGUGCCUGCCAGGAUCGUGUCUGCUCAGCCUGCUCCUCAUCUUGUGCUUCCGCGAAUCCUACGACAGACUCUAUCUCGACGUGGUCGUCUCGGUGUGA